ACGUCGUCGUAAGCGAUCCGUGCCAUGCCAAGCGGCGGCGACGUACGCAACUUUUUGGGCCCCGACGUGAGGUCUGCCGCCUUUCCCGCGCCUCCGCUCACGGCUCGCCCCCUCCUUUCCGCCUCCCGCGGCCACGCAGGCGAGCCCAGCGACCGGGCUUCUAUUCCCGGGGACCUAGACGUGAAAAAAACUCCAGCCACCCGCUAGCUGCCCCCAUCCUCCGCAAGAGAGAGAAAAAAAAAACAACCUCCGGCCAUCCGCAUCGAUGCGAUUCGGCUGGGGCGGCGCAGGGGUGGUGGUUCCGCGGCCGGGGUCGCUGGGGCGCCGCCGUCCCGCGUGGGAGUCUCCCCGGUCCUGAAGAUCCGUCGUCGAGGGUACCGUAGGGGCGCGGCGGGCCUCUGAUUCUGUGGUUUCUGCGGAUUUCAGGGAGGGGUUUCGGCGUUACUGUUUGAUCAUGCUGGGUGGCUGUCUGUGGCGGAGGGGAUGGAAUGCUGAUUCUUUGGGGAGGAAUUGAUUGAGGCAGUAGGCGCUGAUUUGAUAACAACAAUAGUUCAGUGUGGUGGUUGUAUCUGAAGAAGAGGAGCAUUUUCCCUUUGAUUUGGUGCUUUUUCCUGCGGCCGCGGUCAUGGAGCAUAUUAUUGCGAGCAAGUUUAAGCUCGGGAGGAAGAUUGGCAGUGGCUCGUUUGGGGAGCUAUACCUUGGUAUUAAUAUACAGAAUGGAGAGGAAGUGGGUAUAAAGUUGGAACCCGUGAAGUCGAAGCAUCCACAACUGCACUAUGAAUCCAAAGUUUACAUGCUGAUGCAGGGUGGAAGCGGUAUCCCACAUCUGAAGUGGUAUGGUGUCGAGGGAGAUCACAAUGUUAUGGUGAUUGAUCUUCUUGGCCCAAGCCUGGAGGACUUAUUUAACUCCUGCAACAGGAAAUUUACUAUGAAAACAACCCUUAUGCUUGCUGAUCAACUAAUAACACGGGUGGAAUACAUGCAUUCCAAAGGAUUUCUUCACCGUGACAUCAAGCCAGACAACUUCCUUAUGGGCUUAGGCCGGAAAGCGAAUCAGGUCUAUAUAAUUGACUAUGGGCUUGCUAAGAAAUACAAGGACCUCCAGACUCAUAAACACAUCCCCUACAGGGAGAAUAAAAAUCUGACAGGAACAGCACGCUAUGCUAGUGUGAAUACUCAUCUUGGAAUAGAACAAAGCAGGAGAGAUGAUCUAGAGUCUGUUGGUUAUCUUCUACUGUAUUUUUUGAGAGGAAGUCUCCCAUGGCAGGGUCUUAAAGCUGGCACUAAGAAACAAAAGUAUGAUAGAAUUAGUGAAAAGAAAAUGCUUACCCCGGCAGAGGUUCUGUGCAAAUCUUAUCCAUCGGAGUUCAUCUCAUAUUUCCACUAUUGCCGUUCCCUGAGAUUCGAAGACAGACCAGAUUACUCUUACUUGAAGAAACUAUUCCGGGAUGUAUUUGUUCGUGAAGGAUAUCAAUUUGAUUAUGUAUUUGACUGGACCGCACUCAAGUAUCCUCAUAUGAGUUCCAGUAACAAGCUUGUUCGACAACCGAGUGGAAGAUUGGCUGGAGUUGGGCCAUCUGUUGAGAGAACAGAAAGACCUUCAGUAGGACAAGAGAUCCGGGAUAGAUUCACCGGUGCUGUGGAGGCAUUUGCCAGAAGAAACUCGAGCUCUGGUCGCCACGGACACGGAGACCAUUCGAGGCACAAAAGCACUGCUGAUUCAUUCAGUUCAUCUAGAGAAGCUCUUGCUGCUGAUACGGAGAAAACACACAUCUUGUCCCGGACUGGGAGCUCAUCGAAGAUGGCUGGCACGCAAUCCAGCCGGCCAACCUCUUCAGGGGACUGCACCGGUCGGUUGUUCUCGGGAAGUGGCGGCAGCAGCAGCCGCCCGUCGUCGUCGACCGUUCAAAGGCUCCACCAAUCCGGAGGCAGCGGUGCGGAGAACGGCUCGUCUUCACCCAUACCCGUCGCCCGGAACGCACCAGGGAGAUCAAGCCGACGGGACAGCCACUCGGCAUUCCGGAGCUUCGAGCGCCUGUCGAUCAGCGCUGACAGAAGGAAGUGAUCGACGACCCUGGAGGCGAUGACAAUUGCCAAGGAUUUAACACCCGUCGAUCUGUGCACUCACAAGAGUUCAGCAGACAUGAACAAUGACUUGACGACGAAUGGUUAAGCAGAAUGGCCAGGAAAGAGUGGUGUCCUGGUUGCCAUGCAUGCAUGUUCUUUCUUCAAACUCCAAAUGAGAUGUUUGUCAUAUAAGAUCAUGGGCUAGAAGUAUGUAAUUCUUUUCAACGGCAAAUUCGGCUUGAUGUGUACCCCUCUUCUUCCAGUAUAGGAUUUUGAAUCAUAGGGAAGAAGAGGCUGCCAAAUUUAUAUAUAUAUAUUGAUCUUCUAUGAUCAUAGUUUCAUAAAAA